UCGUGUCCCGUGCUUUAAUAUUUAUAAUGUUUAAUGAUGUGUAUUAAGUCGUUUAAUCUAAACUAUAACAAUAUCAAAUGCGUUGUUACUUCCAAAAGACAGUCGCUGGGUGCAAGUGCAAUUAGCUGGCAGAAAGAAUGAAUAGCAAAGCAAUAAUUUACAACAAACUGCGAAAAGCUCCAGCACCCAGAGAAACAAUAACAGCAACAACAACAGCAAGAGUAAAUUCGACGUAUGGUUGUUUGCUGCACGGGCGGGAAUUGUUAAUAAGCUAUACGUUGGCUUCUGGGCGCUCCGCUGGACACACAAAAAAAGUGCAAAAAGAAAGUAUAAAACGCAGGUGCCUCUCGUCGGAGUGUGUGUGUGUUUCGUGUGUGUGCGGAUUUAUUUAUGUUUAGCAACGAAAAUCUAACGAAAUAGUUUAAGAAUGUUUGUGUGCAAAUAUUAAGUAUAAGAGUGCAAAAUGUUUACAAAGAAAUCACACGCUGAUGUUAAGAAGUCAACAGCGAAGCUGCAAGAUUGCAAAAAGGAUUCGGCCUCACGUUUGCGACACCUACGCACAAUUUUAGAUAAUGUCGAUUAUGAAGAGUCCAAGUCGCUGUUCGAGACAAAUUAUAGCCAUGUCUACUUUAUACUCUACGACACUUUCAUUCAGGCCGAGGCAAAUCUCAAGCAAAAAGAACUUCCGUUUCACAUUGUGCACAAAGCGCAUCGCGAGGAACUGGACGGCUCGCUCUGGUUGCUGGAGAAGAUACUAUGCCUGCUGCCGGAGCUGCUCGCCCGACGCUGGCAAUGUCACUCGCUCAGCCGCAUUAUGGCCAAGCUGCUGCAUUUGGGCAACUCGCCCAAGCUGCGACGCGAGGGUGUCAAAUACUUCUUGCUGUGGUAUCAAACGCUGGGCGAGAAUGCGCCCGGCUAUGUGCAUGCCAUGUAUGCGGAUCUAAUACCAGGACUUAUAGUGCCACAGAAGGGAGUGCUGGGUCCAGAUACUGAAUUCAGCGCUACAGACUUUCUAACGCAUCCGAAUAUGAAAGCAGACGGCGGCAUGGCUUCCGUAUUUCAUGACAGCGCCUUUUCGCAUCCAGUGCAGAGUUCCGAGCUGGUGGCAUUGCUGCCGCCCUCAUCCAGCGAAAAGUCAGCGCCACCAGAUCCACGCGAUGGACUCGAAGUUCUACUCAAUAGCAUGGUACAAACCGCCGCCUGCCUGCGCUGGCGCGACAAUCGAGCGCAGAAGGAUCAUCGCGCAUUUGCGUUUCUGCUGCAGCGCUUCAAGGAGGUCUUUUUGCCUGUGUUCUCGCCCAGCUUUGAUGCCAGCACUUCCAUAUACAAUCCACGCCUGGAGCUGCCUGUGAUGCGUGCCAUACACAAAAAGGAGGAGGUGAUGGCCUCCUGUGUGGUGGUGCUCAUCAACUGGGUGUCGCGUUUUACGCACGAGCGCUUGCUUAGCCAUCGUCUGGACUGUGCGCUGCAGAUCGAGGGCGUGGAUCAUGCUCGCCUGCUGGGCUAUCAGCAGGGCCUGAUAGUGCGCGAUGUUUUCUAUGUGAGCCGUGAGAACAUUAACUUUGUGCACGAGGUUUAUCGUCAGGCGUUUCUGCUGAACUUCACCUCGAAGGCGCAAAUCGAGGCAAUACGCACCGCCAUUGCGGUCUACAGGGAUUGGAUGACGGGCAGCACACCGCCGCCGUUUCUGCUGGAGCCCAACGAUGAUGGCCAGUCAGGCAUGUUGCAUACGCCGAACAGCAACAGCAAUGCAGGCGGCACGCCACGCAGUCAGCGCCUGCGCACGCCCUCCUAUGUGGGCGCCAUGCAGCAGCAAGGCAGCAAGGAGCAGCAGCUGGUGCUGCGCGCGGGCAUGCAAAACGUACUCCAAGUCUUUGUCACGAAUGCAGCGAAUGUUUUCCUAGUGAACACGGCUAAUCUGAACAUUUGCUUUCCCGCACGCACACGCGAUCAUCACUCGACGCCGCUGCAGGAGCAAACGGAGAUAUGCAAGAAGGUGCUGAACGUCUAUCGCACCAUGGUGAUGAACACGCGCAUGGAGUCGCGCACCUGGGAGCAGCUGCUGCUUGUGCUGCUGCAGGUCACCUCGGUGGUGUUGCAUCAGCAGCCGCCGCCCAGCGGCGCCAAGUGCGCCAAUUUGGGCGGCAUACUCGGCUCGGCUAUAUUCCAAACGCUGAUAGUCACCUGGAUACGCGCGCAUACCAAUGUGCCGGUCAAUGUGCUGCUCUGGGAGAAGUUUCUCAAUGUGCUGCAGUCGCUGACGCAUCGCGAGGAGCUGAUCAUAGAAUGGAACAAGACCAUACAGACGUUGACGCGCGUCUUUUCGCGUUAUACCUAUGGAAUUAAUCUGUUGGAUUUGCCGCUGGACCGCGUGGCCGAGAGUCGCGGCAAGCGGCGGCGCAUUGGCAGCGUGUGGCAAGCGGGCGGCAGUGGCAGCGGCAGCAACAGCAAUGUGGUCAGCCAGGCGCAGCGGGAGCGUGACUCGAACAGCAGUCGCUCCGAGGAGAGCUCGCAGACGGGCAGCAACAGUCAGGCGCCACUGCUGCCCACAACGCAGCGUGCGCAUCAUCAGCAUACGCAAUCGCAGGGCGGCGUGCCACAAGGAUCGCGUACGCUGCCGCUGAGUCCGCUGCUGAGCCGCAGCUACAGCGAGGGCAGUUUGGCCUCAGCUGCGCGCAACUCGCGCAUGCGCAUGCGACGUCGCCAAACAGCGCAGCCAAGCGCCUCUAAGAUUGAAAUUGAGCUUGAGCCUGUGCAGCAGCAGCAGCAGGAUAUGCGACGCGCCAUGUCGCUGGACUCGCUGGCGCCGCCAAGCAAGCCACGUCAACGCCAACGCUGCAGCUCACAGCAGCAGGAAGACUUUGCCACUGAGGAUGGUGAAAGUGGCGCUGGCUCGCGCUCGCCCUCGCCCACAGCCAGCAGCGGCAUUGAGGGUGGCAGCAUUAAGGAUGCGCAGCUGCAAAUCGAUGUGUUGGCCGCUGAGGAUAACGACAACUCGGGCAGCUUUGGUGGCGGCUCUUACAACUCGGAUCGCCGCUCUAUUAUGCUGGGCGGCGCUGCCACGGGCUGGCUGCCCGACUCCACCUCGAUUAUGUGGAAACGCAUGCUGGGCGCGCUGGGUGAUGUGAAUCGCAUUAACAAGUCGGAGCUGCAUGCGCAGGUGUUCAAGCAUUUGCUCGAGAUGACGCAGAAUCUAAUCAAAAUCAAACAGAAUCAAGGCAUAUCGACGGACAAUCAGAGCACGCCGGCGCCGCCGACGCUAGUGCCGCCCAUAGGCGUGGUAGCGCCUUGGUGCUAUGGUGCGCUCACACUGGAGCGCAGCUUCAAGAAGGGCAAGCUCUGGGCGCUGCAGCUGCUCUGCUCGCUGGCGCUGCAAGGCGCCAUUGGGCUGCCACAGUUGCCUUUGUUCUAUCAUGCGCUGCAUCAGCUGCUGACGGGUGAGGAUCGUGAUUUGAUUUAUGCUAUAAUGAAGCAUCUGGAGGGUCCACGUCUGCUCAGUUUGCUGCUGCCGGGGCACACGCUGCUGCUGCUGGAUUUGGUGCAUGCCAGCGCCAUUUUGCUGACUUCGCUGGAGGUGACGCGCAGCACGCCGCGUGCUGAGGUCGCCUCGCUGCUGGGCUCGCUGCUUUGCUAUCCGCCCACGCUGCUGCCACGCCCCGUGCUGCAGCCUACAGCGCAGCAAUUCGAGCUAAUGGAAUGCGCUGAUCUGCAGGAUCAUAUACUGAACAUAAUGCUGCGUUGCGCGCGUCGUGAGCCUUCGGCCAAGGCGCGCUGCAUAGCGCUUUGCCAGCUGGGCCAGUGGCUGCUGCUGAGACUGUCGCAGCCGCAGCAGCAACCGCAUGCGCCUCCACGUGGCCAGUUCCAGCAGACGGUGCCGCAUGCCAAGCAUGUCACCCCACCCAAAGCGAACACCAAUUAUCAUCCACGCAUACGCGAAGUGUUGCAAGUGCUGUUGCAAGCGCUGCAGUUCAAGCAUCACACAGUGGCUGUCAUAGCUGUGGACGCGCUGAAGCUGUGCGCGGAGCGUGGUGCGCAGCUGGCGGCUGUGGAGCGUCUGCCGCAGUUGAUCAUCAGCUCGCUGUGUCGUGCGCUGGAAAUACAAAACGUAAGCAAGCCCAAGGAUGCGGACAAGGUGGUGCUAACCUCACUGAUGCUAUGUCUGGGCGAAUUCUGCAUGGCGAUACCUGCAGCGGUGAUGCUGACGCCGUACAACGAGCAAGGCGACACGCUGGUGUUGCAAGUGCUGCGCGUGCUGCUGCAAGUGGCCUCAGCUGCGCCCAGGCACGAGCGCGUUAAGCUUACGGCGGAUGAUGACUUUGAUAUGCAUAUAGCGCACGAUGAUCUGCAGGGCGAUGGCAAAUUGCCCGAGGCGAGCUAUCAGACGGCGGAGACUAUACACGCCUGCAUUACGGCCAUAAAGCUGUGCGCACGCGCCGUGGCCAUGCAGCUGGUCACGCAUCUGGGUCACUUUCCCAUGGGCAUUGGCGCUUCACGUUUGAGUUCCAUGGUGGAGGAGCAGGAUGACAUUUAUAACAGCAGCGGCAUUAAUACGCUGGAGCGUCGUGACUCCAUGGAGCUGCCCUCGGUGGUGAAUGCACAGAAUCUGCAGCUCUUUAUGCUGAACGCUGGCUUGGUGGCCAGCUUCAUUGAGCUGCCUACGCUGAAGCUGCCAGGCGGCGGCAUUACCGCUGGCCUAAUCACAGCCGAGAAGCAGGUGCGCGUGCUUAUGCGUGAUUUGAAUGGCAAAGCCUGCUGGGAUGCCUCCAUACUCUACUCGGAGCCGCGCAAGGCUGAGCUAAAGCUUGCGCCCACGCCGGACUGCAGCUUGACGCCAGUGUCGCUGCAGCUGCCGCGGCACACGCUGCGUCAUCGUUCGCCAGGCGUGCUGCCGCUGGCUAAGGAUGCAGCGCCAGAUUUGGAUCAGCUGGAUGAUAUGCUCGCCUAUAUUGGACACACCAGUGCAGAGUGCGUGCCGCCCAGCGUUACGCAGCUGAAUGCGCCCAGCUGCAGUCCCCUGGGCAGCGGCCAUGAGGCGCAGGCUAUAUCCGUUAUACUCAAUCAGCGCCAGCUGGAGCAAGAGCAUCUGACUGCGCAGCCCUUGAAGCAUGCCGACUCCAGCUGCUCACUGCACAGCGCCAGCGUGAGCCAUGACUCGGGCAGCUUGUCCGCGCGCUCGGAGUCGCCGUUCCAGUACUGCCGCCUGCUCUUCUCGCAUCUGGGCUUGGCUGGCUGGGAGCGACGCUCACGCACGCAUUUGCUGCAGCGCAGCGAGAAGCUGCUGCGCGAGCUGCGCAAUGUCGACUUGCAAAAGUGUCGGGAGACACACAAGAUGGCUGUCAUCUAUGUGGCCGCCGGGCAGGAGGACAAGAGCAGCAUUUUGCGGAAUACCAGCGGCAGCAGCAUGUACGAAAUGUUUGUCUCUGCGCUGGGCUGGGAGAUUGAGCUGGAGACGCACAAUGGUUUUCUGGGCGGGCUGCCGCGUCAGGGCUGCGGUGCUACGGCGCCUUAUUAUGCCACGCCAUUUUUGGAGCUGGUCUAUCAUGUGGCCACGCGCAUGCCCUCGGACUCAUCGGAGGCGCUGCUGCUGAAGACGCGUCAUCUGGGCAACGAUGAGGUGCACAUUGUGUGGAGCGAACAUCAUCGUGACUACAGACGCGACAUUUUGCCCACGGAGUUUUGUGAUGUGCUCAUUGUCGUCUAUCCGCUGCGCAAUGGAUUAUUCCGUGUCACAGUGAAUCGCAAGGCUGAGGUGCCUUGGUUUGGACCGCUGGCCAACGAGAGUGUUGUCAGCGGCGCCUGCCUGGCCACGCUCAUACGCGCCACGGCCAUCAAUGCGAGUCGCACCAAGCGCGCUGCUCUGCCGCUCUAUCAGCAGUUCUAUGAGGAGCGCAAUCGUUCGCUGGACAGCGUCUCGUCGCGCUAUAAGGAGAGCACUACCUUUGAGGACUUUGCCAGUCGCAUCUACAAUCCCAUGCCCAUGUCCAGUCUGGGCACCUUGCGUGAAUCCAAUGCCAGCAGCUCUGGCGCGCCACUGGCAGCUGCUUUGAUAGAUCACAAUCGCGCCUCAGUUAAAGGCUGGGUGCAAGCAUCUAUUGAUGCCACGCCCACAAUAGCACUGGCGCCUUCGCCUUCGGCUGGCUCCACAGCAGCCAUGGAGGCCAAUACUAUGAGUGCACUUACUUCGGCCUCGCCACGCGGUCCAAGGAAACUGGGCGCACCCUUCAAGAGCAUCACCAAGAAGCAUUCACUGCAGCAGAUCGUAGUCGGCGGCAGCAGUGCAGGUGGCAGCACCGGUGGCGAGACGCCGCCGGACAGUCCAACGCUGCCGUUGCGUCGCAUCAAAUAGACUUUUGGCCAAUGUAUCCUAUCUACAACACAUACACACUCAGAACUAUUUCCGCUAACUCUGUACUCAUUCCCCGCUAGUAACAAAUAUCCCAGAGCGAGGCCACUUCGCUGUCUGUCGUCCUUGCAGCAUUUGCCGCGUUCUAUAUUGAAAAUGAAUAGUAUUGCAAAAACAACACGUUUCCUGUUAUGUUAUUAUUAUUACUCUAACUUAUUAUGCUAAACACAAUUUUGUUG